GUCUGAACUCAUGAGAGUUUUUGAUCACAACAUGAAGUUACUUCUGGUUUGCAUUGGCGCUGUCCUCUUGGCUCUCUGCCAGGCAGGAAAUAUAAAAGGUGGAUCAGGUGGCGGGCAUGGAGGAUUUGGCGGCGGAUCCUUUGGAGGAGGUUCCUCUGGAGGAUAUGGCUCUGGUGGUGGUGGUGGCUUCUCCAGUGGUGGUCGCAAAGGUGGUUCCAUAGGCCAUGGUUUCUCUGGAAGUCUUGGAGGAGGAUUUGGUGGAGGAUCCUCAGGAGGCUAUGGCUCUAGUGGUGGUCACGGAAGCCGUUCUGGAGGAGGGUUAUCCGGUGGACGUGGAGGUGGAUCCUUUGGAGGACAGGGUUCCUUCCCCAGGGGUGGAGGAUAUGGAAAAUGAGACCAUUUUCAUCUAGAGUAUGACACCUACUUUCAGAAUAUAAUGCUGAAAUUUUACAAGAAUUUUCAUUAACAACUUACGAGUAAUAUUCAGUAAUAAAUAAUACUUUUUUUUUAAA